GCCUGAAUCUCCCUCUAUAAAAACCACCACGACUCGGCCCCCUCCAUACCUGGCUGCGAGCUGCAUCUCCAUCUCCUUCUUUCUCUCCACCUUCUCCUUCGUGUGAAUCCGGCCAUUGGUGAAGGGAAGCUCCCUGCCGCCGGAAGGGAAGCCAGGCGCCAUGGGGACGCAGGCCUCGCCGGACAACUACACGCCGCCCAAGGAUGAGAGGACUGCUCGGGAGAAGGCGAUCGAUGACUGGCUUCCUAUCACGUCGUCGAGGAAAGCAAAGUGGUGGUACUCGGCCUUCCACAAUGUCACCGCCAUGGUUGGCGCUGGGGUGCUCAGCCUCCCCUACGCCAUGUCUGAACUUGGUUGGGGUCCUGGCAUCGCGGUGAUGACCUUGUCGUGGAUCAUCACGGUGUACACGCUGUGGCAGAUGGUGGAGAUGCAUGAGAUAGUCCCCGGGAAGCGUUUCGACCGGUACCAUGAGCUCGGGCAGCACGCCUUCGGCGAUAAGCUCGGCCUCUGGAUCGUGGUGCCACAGCAGCUUGUCGUCGAGGUCAGCCUGAACAUUGUGUACAUGGUUACCGGCGGCAACUCGCUCAAGAAGUUCCACGACGUGAUCUGUGACGGCAAGUGCAAGGACAUCAAGCUCACUUACUUCAUCAUGAUCUUCGCCUCUGUCCACUUCGUCCUCUCCCAGCUGCCAAACUUCAACUCCAUCUCGGGCAUCUCCCUCGCCGCAGCCGUCAUGUCACUCAGCUACUCAACAAUUGCUUGGGGCGCCUCGUUGGACAAGGGGAGGGCGGAGAACGUGGACUACAGCCUGCGGGCAUCGACGACAGCAGGGCAGGUGUUCGGUUUCUUGGGUGGGCUCGGCGACGUGGCUUUCUCCUACUCCGGCCACAAUGUCGUGCUAGAAAUCCAGGCUACCAUCCCAUCGACGCCGGGCAACCCGUCCAAGAAGCCAAUGUGGAAGGGCGUGGUGGUCGCCUACAUCAUCAUCGCCGCCUGCUACAUGCCGGUGGCAUUUAUCGGCUACUGGGCCUUCGGCAACAGCGUCGACGACAACAUCCUCAUCACCCUCAACAAGCCCAAGUGGCUCAUCGCCAUGGCCAACAUGAUGGUCGUCGUUCACCUCAUCGGUAGCUACCAGAUUUACGCGAUGCCAGUGUUUGACAUGAUGGAGACGUUUCUGGUGAGGAAGCUGGAGUUCGCACCAGGCAUUACGCUCCGUCUGAUCACCCGGACCAUCUAUGUUGCCUUCACGAUGUUCGUCGGCAUGACCUUCCCGUUCUUCGGUGGCCUCAUCGGGUUCUUCGGCGGGCUGGCCUUCGCGCCGACGACAUAUUUCCUGCCCUGCAUCAUGUGGCUCAUCAUCUGCAAGCCCAGGAGAUUCAGCCUCUCAUGGUUCACCAACUGGAUUUGCAUCGUCCUUGGUGUGAUUCUGAUGAUCAUCGCGCCCAUCGGAGGGCUCAGGCAGAUCAUCAUUUCUGCCAAGACAUACAAGUUCUACUCAUAGAUCACUACAACUGCCGUUCAUCAUCAUCGCCUCGCGAUUUGCGGUUUUUAUUUUAUUUUCUGUCGUUGCAAAGAAGAAAGACCAUGGUAUCACGGCUUGUCGCAGAUGUCGGACGGUCUGCUUAGUUUAGACCGGAGGAGGGCUGUGUUUGGUGGUAAAUCGUGAAGGGGUCCAGCCCGCUUGCAGCGCCGGGAGUUUUCAUGCAUGUACUCGUAUUAUUUUGCAGAGCACUAGCUAUGUAAAUAGGCGCAAGGAUUCAUAUAUACCAUGACAAGUAUCAAAUUAAGUGCAAAGAUCCAUACGUUGCGAUUGUUCUUGAAUAGAUUAUUCCUGCAUGUC